AUGUCCAGGAAGAAGACGUUAAAGGGCAAAAGUCCCAAAGGGUCGCCGAGCAGCGGCGGCGGGAAGACGGGGAAAGGUUUGGCCGUAGGUGCCUCACCGACUUCCGGACUGGUUUACCCCAGCAGACCGUCCAUCAGCAGCAGCGGGGAGUUCUAUGACAUCGCCUUCAAGGUAAUGCUGGUGGGAGAUUCAGGAGUUGGUAAGACAUGUCUGCUAGUGCGCUUCAAAGAUGGAGCCUUCCUAGCAGGCAGCUUCAUCUCGACUGUGGGCAUCGACUUCAGGAAUAAGGUGAUGAGCAUUGAUGCCGUGAAGGUUAAACUGCAGAUCUGGGACACUGCUGGCCAGGAACGAUUCCGCAGUGUCACACACGCCUACUAUCGCGAUGCUCACGCACUUCUUCUUCUCUAUGAUGUUACAAACAAAGCAUCGUUCGAUAACAUUCGGGCCUGGUUGACGGAGAUCCACGAGUACACCCAGCAGGACGUAGUCAUCAUGCUGCUAGGCAACAAGGCCGACUCUUCCCAUGACAGGGUGGUGAAACGAGAGGAGGGAGAAAAGCUGGCAAAGGAGUUUGGUGUGCCCUUCAUGGAGACCAGCGCCAGGUCUGGACUGAAUGUGGAGCUGGCCUUCACUGCUGUGGCCAAAGAGCUGAAGCACAGGACCAUGAAGGAGCCCGACGAGCCAAAGUUCCAGCUGCAGGAGUACGUCAACAGAGAAAUGAGGACUGCUGGCUGCUGCCGCUCAUAG